AUGUCGUCGGUCACAAACUCUGUGAAGCUGCACAAUCCGUUUGUGCCUAGCUCAUACGACCUGCACGUAAGCGUGGAUCUUGCAAACUGGCGGUACGAGGGCAAGGAGAAGGUGGUGCUUCGACGAUCUCCGGGCGUUGAGGUGUCGAGAGAGGUGCAACUUCAUUGCGGCAAUUCUGUCAAUAUCCAGUGUGUGACGGGUGCGGCCAUCGCGGGACGCGACGAAAAGGCGGGGACCCUGCUGCUGCUGCUGGAUGGGGAACCAGCGGAUGGACACACGGUGACCUUUGCGUUUUCCCACGAGAUUCGGGAGGAGAUGCGUGGUUUGUACCGUGCGGUCUUUAAAACAAGUGAUGGUGCCGAGCACAGAAUGGCGGCGACACAUUUCGAACCCACAGCCGCACGGCUAUUUUACAUCUGUCAGGACGAGCCGUCUGCCCGUGCGGAUUUUACCCUGCAUGUUUCUCUGCCGUCGAGCAUGGCGGGGUUCACGGUGCUGUCCAACGGCCCCCUCAAAUCAAAGGAGACUCAGGGCGAUACGGUUACACAUCACUUUGAAACCAUCCCCGCAGUUCCGCCAUAUCUCACCUCCUGCUUUGUGGGUGAACUUGAAUUUGUUGGGACCACCGCCUGCGGCAUACCUGUGAAAGUUUAUACUACCGUCGGGAAGUCAUACAAGGCUGCUUUUGCGCUUAAGACGACUGCCUUUGCCUUGGAAUAUUUUGAGAAGUUUUUCAAAUGCAAAUAUCCGCUUCCCAAGCUGGAUGUUGUGGCGGUGCCCGACUUUCCCAUUGGCGGGAUGGAGAACUGGGGCUGUAUCGCCUGUGUGGAGUCGAUUCUUUUGGAAGAACAAACCUCCAGCGUGGAAUCUCUGAAGCGAGCGGCCUCACUUAUAUGCCAUGAGGUCUCUCACAAUUGGUUUGGCAACCUUGUGACCAUUAAUUGGUGGGAGGGCCUCUGGCUUAAGGAGGGAUUUGCUUCGUGGUGCGGGUACGACGCCGCCCACCACCUUGAGCCGUCGUGGAAAUUAAACGAGGAUGCCGCCAUGGAGGUGACAGGUGCCCUCGUAACCGAUAUGUACGAACACAGCCAUCCGGUUGAAGUGCCUAUCCAUGACCCUGCAGAGAUCACGCAGAUAUUUGAUGACAUCAGUUAUUCCAAAGGUAUGGGGUUGGUCUUCAUGCUACAGGCGUUUCUCGGAGAAAAGUGGGCGGCUUCUGUGGCCCACUACAUCCAGAAGCAUCAAUACAGUGAUACACGAACAAUUCAGCUCUGGCAGGCGUUGGAGGAGGCCUCUGGCGUCCAAAUAACGGAGGCCAUGCAGUCCUUUACAACGCAAAUGGGUUAUCCCAUUAUCCAUGUAAGCCGGCCUACACCCAGCACGGUGGUCCUGCGGCAGGAGCCUUGUCAGUUUCUGACGGCGGUGAAAAGGAAUACAACAUUGUGGUGUGUGCCCAUCGUUCUACAGGGUGUAGGUGGGGCAACACACCGUGUUAUCCUUCGCGGAAGCGAACCACAACAAGUGGAACUCCCUCAUGAAGUUGCAAAGUCACCGUGGAUCAACGCCAAUCCUUCAGGAAGAGGCUUUUUCCGAUGCCGUUACGAUAAUGAGAUGUUUUCAAGUUUGAUGGGUGCGUACAGCUCCCUCACUAUUCCUGAUCGCCGAGGCCUGAUAGCAGACACUCUGGCGUCCAUUUACAUGGGUAAUGAGGACUUUGAUCGCAUGGCCCUCUUCCCCUCACUAUUGGGUAAAUUGGAAUCGGAUAAAAUUGUCUGGCAAGAAUACUACAAAAGUAUGGAGAAUAUACUCGCCAUUUUGGAGGACGAUGCAGAAGGGAAUGAACUGCGGCGCAAACUCAUGCACAGCAUUGACGAAAAGGCGACGAAGCUAUUGAAUACAGAGCCAAACACAAUGGAAGAACGCUUGGAGCGCGCCUUAUACAUUAAUGCAGCCAUUUCGACGGCUUUGAAAUUGAUGCCUUUGGAGGUUGCUUUGCAGUGUCCGAGUGUGAAAUGGGCAAUAAAGCAAGCGGAGUGUUAUAUGGAGGGUGGAACGCCUUCUUUGGACACGCUUGCCAUGUCUCUUUCUGCCUAUGUGCGCCUUGGCCCGAAUGCUGCGGCAGCGCGAACCGAUGCCUUAUGGGAGCGAUACACCAGGGUACACGACAGCGAUGAACUGUGUCGCUGUAUUCUACGCGCUCUUUGUUGGGCAGAGGACCCUUGCUAUGUUGAGAACACCGCAAAGAAGUGCAUUUACAAUGAAGGCAUUCGUGCACAAUACGGUGGGGUGAUCUUUUUGGGGGUUGUUUCUAACCCUUCAAUGCCGAAGGGUUAUGCCUGGUCGCUGUUCAAGAAGCACUUUCAGGGGGUGGAAAAGCAAUGGGGAAGUGGAACUUUUCGCAUACAAAACAUCGUGGAGAGUGUUGCUCGCUCCCUUACAGGAGAAACCCAGGCGAAGGAGUUUCACGAAUUUUUUCAAACCCAUCCACUGCCUCAUGCAAGGUUGGCCAUUCAACGGGCUGUGGAGGACAUUCAACUGCGUACUUGGCUGAGGUCCAAAUGGGGUGUUGGGACACGUCUGAGUUCCAUUUUCUUUCCACACUAA